GAAGCAGCAUCAUGGGUUGAGCAAUCACGCCCAUCAUAUUACCCUCUUCUUCAAAGGCCUUGACUUCAGUCUCGGUAUCAUUACAACAUGGCCAACAGCACCGCCCCCAAGCCCUUCAGUAUCACUUUCACCAGCGGUAGAUUCAUGGUCUACGACGUUCAGACAAUCGCGCACAUCCAGCAAACCUACGAUAUCCAAGGCGCGUCCCAGGCCCUAGAACAGUACAAUCCUCUUGAAAUGAGGUCCGAGGAUGUCGCUCUGCUAGUAAACAAGGGCGCUGCCCAGGUCAUCAAGGACGACAAGAGCAAAUCACUACAAUCACCAUCGAAUGCGCCAGCUUCGCCCAACGGUAUACCCAAGAUCGCCACAGCUAGCGACAACACACAAGACAACUGGAAUGACAUACCUGACGACAUGUUCGCUUCUCGUGGCAGGCCGAGCAAGGCCAAGAAGCCUCGUUCUCGUCUCGGUAUAUCGCCAGUCCCUUCUACUGCACCAGGAAGCCGUACCGCUAGUGCCGCCGGGCUCCAUGCCGGCCCCCCUCCAUUGAGACCUACUGCAUCGCAGCCUCUGUUGCGCCCGCCACCGCCACCCUCGAGGCCGACUUACUCGUGAAUGAAGCGAGCCUGAAUUGCUACUUCAGACGUAUGCACCAAUAUUCCUUCUUUCAAGUGUCAAGCGUCGGUACUUGGAGUUGGUCACGACCAUGAUCACAACCUCCAUACUUCUAUAUGAUGCUAUGCUCGGCAACAGAAUCCGACGCGGUAGAUGCAACCAGGGGAUCUUGUUGUAAGAGACAUGCGACGUCCGCGUGCUCAAAUCCUAGAAUAGACCAGUCCCUCUUACCCUAUACUACCUAAUUUUAAUCCAUCCUCUUUCUAUGAGCAGAAUCUCAUUACGAAGCUCCA